GUUGGGGUUGAGGAGCAGUCAGUCAUGGCGGCAAGGAUGUUGCAGAGGCGAUUCUUCUUCUCAAUCUUUUCAAGGCAUCCUCAUCAUCACACUACCAUCACUCAAGCAUCCUCUUUGCAUUCUUAUACCAGUACCAGUGCAAUAUUAAGCAGAUAUGGAUUUCACAAAAGGGGGUUCUCGACAGAUGCAAAUCCAAUUAAACAUGUUUGUAAAGAUGUAGAAAAGAAUGAAGCUGAAAAUGUUCCUACAUCCAUGAGCAUUGAUGAGAACUCUGCUGUGAAGUUUUCUGCUAAGUCCAAUUUGAAAACAUCGUCAAGGCAUGAUCUUGCUAUGAUUUUCACCUGCAAGGUCUGUGAAACGAGAUCCAUUAAGACAGUUUGUCGCGAAUCAUAUGAGAAAGGUGUAGUGGUGGCAAGAUGUGGAGGUUGUAAUAAUAUACACUUGAUUGCAGAUCAUCUUGGGUGGUUUGGCGAACCGGGAAGCAUUGAGGACUUCCUGGCUGCUCGUGGUGAAGAAGUGAAAAGAGGUUCAAUUGAUACACUGAAUCUCACCCUCGAAGAUAUAGCUGGAAGAAAAUCUUGAAGAAGUGUACAAUUUGGCCAAAUAUAUAGGCUUGUUAACUCAACUUUUCUGUCUCUUGAUUACCCGGUAAUAAAAAGUGAUAUAUUUAAUGUAACCUUUUAUGAUUAUCAAUUAUUUUUUGUGCCUACUGAAGGAAUGAUUUUGAGAUCUUGCAUAAACAGUAUCCACAGAGGAAUAGUAAGUUGGGAAGUGAGGAGCAAGAGGAAACAACUUAGGUUAAUAGUUGUGUAAAAUGUCUCUACUUUUAUCAAUUAACCAGUUUUUUUGCACACCCCCAGUUUUCUUGGAUCAUUAUUUCACCUUCCUAUUGUUUUGUUACUCUGUGUGCUCUCAAGGGAGAAUGCUGACCC